AUGGCACCCCCUUUCGAGUCUGCGAAGAUCACCCUCGAUUACCUCCCCUACGCCUGCGAGUUUGACCCCCAGGAUGCAACCCGCCUCCUCGUUGGCGGCGGCGGCGGCGCCAACAGAAGCGGCGUCGCCAACAAGAUUACAGUGAUCGACGCUUCGACCAAGGACGAGUUGCGCAUAAGCGGCGAGGCCGACCUCAGCCGCAACGAGGAUAGCGUCAUGACUCUGGCUGUCGGUCCCAAGAAGGGCCGGACGAGCUACGUCUACGCCGGCAUCAAUUCGAGCCCCGCCGACGUCGAGAAGGGCAAGAACGAGCACUUCCGGGUCUUCGGUGUUGAGCAGAGCAAAGUGCGCGGCUCCUCCGGCCCCACUGCGCCCGGCGUGGCUGUCGCUGAGCUUGCGCGCACCGCCCUCUUCGAACAUAACGAAAUCGAUAAAGACGCCUACCAGCGAGUCCUGCGGCUUUCUGCGCCAUAUGGCGAGAAGCCCCAGCUCGGCGCCGUGGCGACCGGCCUGGCUAAAGAGUCACAGAUUGCGUUGUUCGAGGUCUCGCCCGCGAGCGCUGCUGCACCCAAGGUCAGGGGAAGGCUGGACCUUACAAAGGAGCCUAUGGACAUCGACGUCGUCCAGACCGGGGAGGAUGAAUUUCAAGUUGCCUACUGCGACGAGCGCGAACUCUUCAUCAUCAAGGUUACAAAGUCUGAAGUCGACGGCCCUCAUCUCGCCUACACUAUCAGCGAGGACGGCACCGGUGCCUGGCCCACAUUCCGGUCGAUCCGUUUCCUCUCGCCAGGCUUCAUCUUGGCGGGCACUAACAUCCCCAAGCGGGCUGGCUCUCUCUUGUUGGGCAUCCGACUGCCCACCAAGGUGGGCGAGAUGGGACGGCUAUCGGCAUCGGCAAAGCUGCCUCGCUCGGUGAACCAAAUCACCACCAUCGCCGCGCGCAACCUGAGCCCGCCCUCGACCCCGGGCGGUAAGAUUGGUAAUGCGCAGUUUCUCGUCGCCGCGGUCGGCCAGGACCGGUCGAUAUCGCUCUUUACGCUCGAACAUAGGGCGCAUUCGAGCAUUGACCUGCUGGUCGACUUUGAUCUCCUCACGACCCUGAAGGAGGUUCACCCUCUGCAGAUUACCAACGUCGCCCUGUCCGUCUACGUUCCGCCCAAGACCACAGCGCGCCCCCAGUACGUCAAGCUGGCGAGCAUAUCGAUGAAGAACACCGUCGUCGUGCACUCGAUCCUCCUCAAAAAGUUCACCGACAGGGACGUCCCUAUCCGCAAGGGCGGCCCGCCCCGUCCGCAGCGGUAUGCCGUCGCCCUGCAGCCACGCAAGCUUACGAAAUCGCGGCUUUCGGUCGUGGCUUUCCUCGUCUUACUACUUGCCAUCCUCGUUCAGAUCACACUGGAAAUUAACGGUGCCGUGCCCCCGCGCAUCCUUCCCAGCCGCGGCGCCGUCGCCAACAUGCCCAACGACUUUAUCACGUCGCUCAUCGGCGACGCCCGCGACGUCGACCUCCAGGGUGCCUCAAUCGUCCUUCGUGAGGAACUCGUCAGCCCCACACACAUCGAAGAGGACCCCGUGCCGAAAUUCCAGGCCGCCAUUCACGACGAGAAGGAGCCCGGGCCCGCCGUCAGCUGGGAGAACCUCGCGCCGCAGCAGAAGAAGCUUUGGAAGGAGAAGCUGUCCAAGGCCGGAUACUGGACGCAGAACAUGGGCGAGAGCGUCUUUAAGGGCGUUCUCUUUGGGGAAAUCGCCGGCGCUGUUGGCCGCGCAGUGGGCGGUUAG